AAGCAUGAGUGAGCCUGGCUGAAACCACUACUUUCGGCCACUGCUCAGCCGCACCCAGAGGCCAGACUGCUCUUCACUGCACCUGGAAAGGGGGAGGGUGAAGAAGAGGGACUCCUAAAGGACUCCUGUCUCUCCUAGUGUCUUCCUUUUCGCGCCCCCGUACCCCUCCCCUUUAUCAAGUGCAGUGUGGCGGCGGCUGGGGUUCCAGGCUGGUCUUCUCUUUCUCUAGGAUUGGCUAAAGCACUGACAGCCUAGGGACUGUAGGAACUGAAGCUCCACCCCCUCACGAUGGCCCGGUACCAUUCAUAAACUAAGAGAGAGAGGGAGAGAGAAAGACAGAGCGAGGGAGGGAGAAAGAGAGAGGGGGAGGGAGGGAGACGGCGAGAGGGAGGGGGAGCCGGAGGGAGAAGUGGGGGGACAGGUACCGGAGGACAGGAGGGAGAAGCGGAGCGCGCAGGGCAGCCCGGAGAGGAAAACCCGGCCUCCUCAGAACUGCAGGGCAGACGCGAGGCGGGCGGCGACUUCGGCUCACCGAACUGGACCUCGCUGGGGCCGCAGAGUAAAUAACCAGGCGGAAAUGAACACCGGGCCACCGGCCGCGGCUCGCACCUAAGGAGAGGCAGGAGGAAGCCCCACAAACAAGCCGGCCCGCCCCGAAGGCCGCCUCGAGCGGGAGAGCAGGAAAGCGCGCGGCGGGCGCUGCGAGCGAGUCAAGUACCCACUUUCCGAGGAGCCCGAGGCCGGCGCCACCCACGCCGCGUCGGGCGUCGCACCGUCCGGGGACCUUUCCAGAAUGAACCGCUGACUGUUUCGUGCUCGGGUGAAGGUUCGCUUCGGCCCUUGAGGGACUUCGCCCCCGGGCACCUGGGCCGCGGCGCACGCCCGAGCGCGGCCCUCGGCGCCCCGGACCCCCUCGCCGCGCACCCACCGCCCCCGCGAGGACGCGCGGCUCCGGUCAUCGUCCCCUCUCGCGUCAGGAGGGAGCGGGCAGCGCCCGCAGGCCCCCGCCCCCAGUCACCUUCGAGUCCCCGGUUCCCCGCGGACGGCGGCGGCGGCUUCGGCGGAGCGCGCGGGCGCGGCGGGCCUCGGCCUCCCGCAGCGCGUGAGCCUUGGAUCCCUCAACGUACUGCGAGCCGCCGGUGUACAGCCCGGACCUGUGCCCCAACAUGAUCGCCGCGCAGGCCAAGCUGGUGUACCAGCUCAAUAAGUAUUACACCGAGCGCUGCCAGGCGCGCAAGGCCGCCAUCGCCAAGACCAUCCGCGAGGUGUGCAAGGUCGUGUCGGACGUGCUCAAGGAGGUGGAGGUGCAGGAGCCGCGCUUCAUCAGCUCCCUCAGCGAGAUCGACGCGCGCUACGAGGGCCUGGAGGUGAUCUCGCCCACCGAGUUCGAGGUGGUGCUGUACCUCAACCAGAUGGGCGUGUUCAACUUCGUGGACGACGGCUCGCUGCCCGGCUGCGCCGUGCUCAAGCUCAGCGACGGCCGUAAGCGCAGCAUGUCGCUGUGGGUGGAGUUCAUCACGGCGUCCGGCUACCUCUCGGCGCGCAAGAUCCGCUCGCGCUUCCAGACGCUGGUGGCCCAGGCGGUGGACAAGUGCAGCUACCGGGACGUGGUCAAGAUGAUCGCCGACACCAGCGAGGUCAAGCUGCGCAUCCGCGAGCGCUACGUGGUGCAGAUCACGCCCGCCUUCAAGUGCACCGGCAUCUGGCCGCGCAGCGCGGCGCAGUGGCCCAUGCCGCACAUCCCCUGGCCCGGCCCCAACCGCGUGGCCGAGGUCAAGGCCGAGGGCUUCAACCUGCUCUCCAAGGAGUGCUACUCGCUGACGGGCAAGCAGAGCUCGGCCGAGAGCGACGCCUGGGUGCUGCAGUUCGGCGAGGCGGAGAACCGGCUGCUGAUGGGCGGCUGCCGGAACAAGUGCCUGUCGGUGCUCAAGACGCUGCGGGACCGUCACCUGGAGCUGCCGGGCCAGCCGCUCAACAACUACCACAUGAAGACGCUGCUGCUGUACGAGUGCGAGAAGCACCCGCGCGAGACCGACUGGGACGAGGCGUGCCUGGGCGACCGGCUCAACGGCAUCCUGCUGCAGCUCAUCUCCUGCCUGCAGUGCCGCCGCUGCCCGCACUACUUCCUGCCCAACCUCGACCUCUUCCAGGGCAAGCCGCACUCGGCCCUGGAGAGCGCCGCCAAGCAGACCUGGAGGCUGGCGCGCGAGAUCCUCACCAACCCCAAGAGCCUGGACAAGCUGUAGAGCGGCGGCCGACGAGGAGGACCGCCUGCAGCACGGCGCCGACGGAAGAGCGCGUCCCGCAAAAAUCAUCACAGCCUUGCACAAAAUAAUGUGAAUUUAGAGAUCACACAAAAGGAGCAAUCGGGCUUGGCCACCCAAAACGAAAUCCGAGGUACAUUUUUUUAAAUCCAUGUAUAAUAGCCCCCUCCUCCUUUAUUCCCUCCCCCUCCUUGUUUUCGGUUGCCUGAUUGUCACCAAGUGAAAACAUUAUUUAACUAUAUGUGAAGUUUCUUUUUACAAAGUUUUACUGAUGUGAAACGUGUCUCAGUGCCAAUGUCAAUGUGCCCCUCCCUCCUCUUGCUCCUCUAACCCUGGCCCCAAAACGUCUUGUUGAAACCAGUAAACCAGUAAUAAAAAUAUUACUUUACGUGGUAA